AUGUCUGUAACACUCGUCACCACCCAUGGCCCGAUCAAGCUGGAGCUGUUCUGCCAGGCUUGUCCAAAGACCACAUACAACUUUCUCGCUCUGUGUGCGAGCGGAGCAUACGACGACUCUCCCUUCCACAGACUGAUCCCGAACUUCAUGGUACAAGGAGGAUCGCCAGCGUCGGGCACUACCAAAGUAUCGGAAUCCAUAUGGGGCGGCUUUUUCGAAGACGAGAUCAAGCCCAGUUUCCGACAUAAUGCGCGGGGAAUUCUGAGCAUGGCCAACAAGGGCGCGGCGACCAACGGCAGCCAGUUCUUCAUUACAUUUGCAGCGGCAUCGCAUCUUGACGGCAAGAACACUGUUUUCGGAAGAGUGCUGGAAGGGUGGGAUACUUUGGACAAGAUGGAGGAUGUGAAGGUGGACAAGAAGAGUCGACCAGAAGAGAAGAUCAAGCUUGAGCGAGUCCAGAUUCAUGCCAACCCGCUUGCUGAUGAGCGAUGA